AUGAUCCUCAUCACCAGCCAACUGACUCACCCGCUGUAUUCCAAUUAUACCGUCGAGCUGGCUUACGCAACUUCGAACUCAUCAACAUCGCCAAACUCUUCCCCGUCGCCUUCUUUGUCAAAAAGUGCUUCACCCAAGGUAUGUUUCAAUUCGGCAAACUGCGAUUCGAAUCCACAUGUUGUUAUCGAGCUUGUUCAUCGAAACACUUAGAUGGCAUCACUUUUUUGAGUUUUAAACUUCGCCUUGUGAAUGUGAGCGGUGUGAACUAGACUGUCCGUAGAGCGCUUGGUGUGAAGGGAUAUCAAUAUUUGCUAGAGGCUUAUUUACAACUAAUAUUUAUCCAUGCAUUGUCUCUCCAUACAUUAUCUACGUAAUUCGUUUCUGCUUUAGUCUUUCGACUCGAAAUUUUUCUACCACGUUUGAUUAAUUAUAGCUAUAGUUCCGCCAGAAAGCUACAAAACUACGAAGUUUCUGAUGUUUCCGUAUUUUGGAGCACUCUUAUUUGUGAUAAAGAAGUUUUUCGGGCAGCACAAGAUAACUUAGUUUGUCUUUCAAGAUGCGUUUGCUCAACACUAAAAAAGGAACAAGGGACUUUCACUUUUUGAACACACAAGUACGUGUUCUGUGUGAGCGAGAAUAAUUUUUCGAACGAAAAUAGUGAUUAGGAACUGAAGAUUCUCUAGCGAUCUCUCAGCUGUUCAUAAUGAAGAGAGAAGAUUGUAGCGAGUGAACAUUUCGAGUAAUUAGUUGAAUUAUGAAUGCCCUAUGUAGACUUGCGUAUGUGUGUGUUUUGGUCUGUAGCGCCAGAAAAGGGCGUUAAGUGCGGGCAGUCGGUCACUAUGCGUUUUGAGUGGCAUAGAAUUUACCGGAAGGAUGGACUUUAGCCACGUUUUGAUUGUCUCUCCUCCCACGCCAACAACAUGCCACUAUGUUUAGGAUGUGCUGUGCUAUAAGCUAGGCAAGACCUAAAUCUUCUUUUUAGAUGCUUUCUCAAACGGUGUCAGUGUCCCCCCUGAGUUCAAAUAGUCAAAUAAGACCGUUUCCUGAUAAUAUGAUGCUUCGCGAUUGCACGUUCCCUCCGUACACGAUCACAGACAGUUGAUAAAACUGAAAGUAUCAAUUCUUGUCCGGUAGGCAAGUAAUCGCCGAGUGUAUCAUUGUGACUCACUAGUGUUUGGAGUCAUAGUCGAACAUAGUGUUGCCGUCAAAACGUCACUGAAUAAAUAAUGUUUCGACUGGACUAUCUCUAACGUCCGUGUGCCCUGUGUUAAAUAAACUUGUUGGUCGACAGACAGGGGUUUUUCUUGAGAGGAAGCGAGAAAUUGGGGACACGAAAAAGCGAUCUGUGAGGUUACGAAAUCGUAAAGUGAACAUUUUUCAGCCAAACGUGUCUCACCUAAAAGAACGCAGGGUUUUCGAUUCACCAUGCGCAAUUUGUGGUUCCCAGGCCACGGGAUAUCACUAUAAUGUAAGUUUCAAUUUUUUCAACAAUGAUUCUCAUAUUCAUCAUUUGCAGGUGGCAUCGUGUAAUGGGUGCAAGACAUUUUUCCGGAGGUGCGUGCUCUCGAAGAGUAGCUUCCGGUGCAUUCGCUCCGAUUCAAAUUGUCUAACCAGUAUGCGACAGAACACAGAGGGUUAGUUCAAACGCAUUGAUUACGUAGUGAAUUCGGUCGCCAGUUGUACUUUGUUUUGACGUACGCAAGUGUACUUGGUCACUUGAACAACGCUUUUUAUAAUUGGGGUGUGCGUUUCACGACUAGACAACGAAUAAUAGGGGCGUAGUGAGAAAGUACACGUGUUGUUUGGGUGAAAGUCAACACAUCAAUUUCCAGUUUGCUCUAUGAACAUAAUGUUGUUAUCACUAAACUUUUUCAGCAGUCUCAUUUUCGUUCUCACAUUACCAUAGAUCAAUAAUUCAACUCACAUCAGUUUUUCCUUGAGACACACCAGUUUUUAUCGUUGCAAAUCGUUUUUUGACUUGAUUGAAUGAUCAUGAAACGUUCAAUGAGUUCACCCUACUCUCGAUGAGAUAUUUAAUCCGAAGGCGAGGCGAAACCCGACCGAAUUCACCUUCGUAUUUCUGCAGAACUAAGAGAUUUUGAUUCGGUUUUCUAAGAGCAAAAACCAAGCCGCUCGUGGUUCAUCCAUUCGUUAGUCCAAUUUUCUUCUAAUUUCCUUCUUAAAAAUACACAUAAGACGGAUUGAAAUCUCAUGACAUUUACGCACAUCAUGUUGACUAUAGAAGUUGGUUGCUUUGGAAACAACGUGUUGCGGCUGAAGUCGACAUUGCCUGGUAGACAAAUCAUUAGUUCAAAGUACCCGACGGAAAUGCACGCACUGAAGUGUAAUCAUUGAUCAGUCUAGUGCCUUUUUCAAAGAUAAGCUGUCAACCACUCAUUUUCAGUGGCAUUUAGCAUGCAUGUUUCCUUUAUUUCUUAGAUCUUUGAAUCUGUUGCCAGCUUUUUUUGAUGUGUCUUUUCCCCAAAUUAAAUCAAUGAUUGCAGGAGCUCGUAUCAAGUGCCGCAGUUGCCGGUUGGAUCGUUGUCUUCAGCAAGGAAUGCGCAAAGAAGGUACGUCGAUUUUGUAGUUUAUGUCAACAUAGGUCAGAAAAUAAAACGAGCUGCUUAGUUCUCAGAUCAAACCACGCAGAUUUCUAUCAUUUCUGACCGGUCCCCUCCCUGUCUCUUUUCUUAUCCGGCCCUGGCCAUCGGAACAGCAGCUAGGAAUCUGAAUCUGAUUUUACCAUCAAAACAUUGACUGGGCACAAAAAAACAGAUAUUGUUGCAGCAGUCACGUCCGGAUAUCUCCCAACCGACGCAAAAACGGCAACGGACGCCUAUCUCGCGGCGAUUUCCCAACCGGUAGGUAGAUAAGGGAUCGUCUGCCGUUGAUAUGAUUGUUGUCAUGUUUCUUUUCGAAUAAAUAAGAAUACUCCAGUGAUGCGGAGGUUUCGAUCACUGAGUGGCCCCGGAAAACUGAUAAUGUAGCCAAUCAAACAUCAAGAUCACACUGUUUAAUUUGUUCAGCUGUCUUUUUGAUUCAACAUGGAUGAUUAGGGUUUUCUUUGAAUAGUGUAGUUAUAUAGAUGUCUUCGGCGAUAAAGGGAAAUCACCCGGGUCUAUUCCGACAAGGAAGCUUUGUACGUUGAUCACAAGACUGUUGAUCUGGUGAACCUUCGUUUUAGUCAAAAAUCCAAAAAUAAAAACAAGUGAUACUAAUUGGGGACCAGCAGACAAUUUUUAAUGAUUUCAGAGUACCUCCAGCGCCAUCCCAAAGGUCACGGAAACCGCGGCUUGCCUCCGUCAAACUCUUCGACUUAUCAACAAGUUCAGGUAGGUAGGGGUGCGAUCUUUUUAGUUUCCCAUUCACUGCCCUGAAAUGUUCUCUUAACGGUUGCAAAUGGACUAAGUGCGUUAGGUGUUGAUUACUUCCUCGUUUGCUUCUCGCUCGCAUCACGGGAAAUCAUAGUGAGAAACUGGUCGAGGGACAUCACAUCUCGAACGAUUGAGGAAGGAAGUGUUGGGCACGUUAAAACGAGUAAAAGGGACUUUUCUAAGAUAAGACACGGAAGAUGUUGCCAGCAAUCAGCAGGGCAUUAAAUGAGGAAAUAGAAUAAAUUAAGCACUCGUAAUUUUCCGGAUUUCAGAAGAUGCAAUGUGCGUCUAGAGGACAUCGAUCUCAACAUCAAAACCCUGCUGUGCAAAGACAGUUUCCUGGAGAAUGUGUCGAACUACGAGGUAGUGUAAACGUGCAUAUCCCUAAUAUCAAUUCACUUCCCCGUGCUGAUCUUGAUAUCUGAUCGGCAUAAAGAACGUCAUCAGAAGGAAAUGCAGCGAUAAUUCUUCUGGUGUGAGAUGACCUUCUUCCUAUUACAGGAGAUCAGAGAAAUUUCCCACUUCCGGAGGGAUCUGCCCGAAUGGCUUACGGUAGAUCUCGUAUGUGCAAUCGAGUUUGCUAAGCGGCUUCCUGAUCUGGAGAAGUUUAGCGAUUGUGACAAGGUAGAAUGGUUGUACUAAACACAGAUGAUCUGUACUCGUAGUUUUAGGAGGAGCUGAUCCGCAGCUCGUGCUUCACUCUAGCCAUCGCCAUUGAAGCGAUCGAGAGCUAUUUUGAGAAGCAUACGCAAGUGAUCUUCCCAGACGGAACUGACGUGAUUCGGUCGAUGAUCAACGCGUGAGUUUGUGAUAUUUUGUUUUGGUGAUAAGACAAAAGGAAGGAAGCGACACGAAUGAUCAAGUUCGGAAUCGUAUGUGUCUUCUGAUUCAGAAAGUACAAAGAAGAUCUGAUUUGACACACAUUCGACGAACAGAAAAUCAGAUUAACCCUGCUAAUCAGUAAUUGAGUCUGUGUCUGGUUGCAGGGGAACAAUGCCCGAUCCGCAUUACACCCAAAUGUUCAUCAACAUUCUCAAUCCGUUGCACAGGGAACAGUUCACGAUUGACGAGUUGGUGCUGACGUUGCAACUGCUCUUUUUCACAAUCGGUAGGUACAAUGAACAAAGUACGCGUGGGCUAUCAGCACAAAGAAUGUCACACCAUUGAGCGUUUUGCACGGGAGUGACUUUUUCGAAACCGAAAUGGAAGGGACCGAUACAGUAUUGUUUUGCAGGCUUCACGGAAACGCUAUCUCCGGAGGGCAGAGUUCAACUUGAGAAGACUAUCCAAUCUGGCAUGCAAAGUCUUAUGGUCUUGCUGAUCACCCAGAGUUAGUUCCGGUUCAAUGAACUGGAAACAUAUCAAGUUUCAGAUAACGCAAACUUCUCAGCUCGCUACGGAGCAUUAAUUGCGCUAAAUGAAGUGUUCAUCAAUACCACCAGUCUACACAGUAAGUGCAGAAAACUAAAGGAAAACGUUUAUUUUUGUGGUUGCAGGGUCCGCAAUGAAAGCUGGUGACCCAUACCGGCUGAAGCAUAAAGAUCUUCUUGUCGAGCAGUGUGUAUUCGAGUACCGUGAAGCUAAUUAA